AUGAGCAGCAGGGUGUACGGGGGAGAUGAAGUUGGAGCCCUUGUUUUUGACACUGGAUCCGAUACUGUGAAAGCUGGUUAUGCUGGUGAGGACUCUCCCAAGGUGGAUUUCCCUACGGCUAUUGGUAUGGUAGAAAGAGGUGAUGGAAGUAUAGAUGGUGAUAAAGGCAAACAAGGCGGUCCCACCUAUUACAUAGAUACUAAUGCCCUGCGUGUUCCAAGGGAGAAUACAGAGGCCAUUCCACCACUGAAAAAUGGGAUGGUGGAAGAUUGGGGUAGUUUCCAGGCUAUUUUGGCUCCGUCCUCCAAAAUGCAUGUCAAAUCAGAAGCCAGCCUGCAUCCUGUUCUCAUGUCAGAAGCACCACAGAAUACCAGAGCAAAGAGAGAGAAACUGACAGAGUUAAUGUUGGAACACUACAACAUCCGUGCAUUCUUCCUUUGCAAAACUGCUGUUUUGACAGCAUUUGCUAAUGGUCAUUCUACUGGGCUUAUCCUGGACAGUGGAGCCAUUCAUACCACUGCAGUUCCAGUUCACGAUGGCUAUGUCCUUCAGCAAGUCAUUGUAAAAUCCCCUCUUGCUGGAGACUGUGUUACUAUGCAGUGCAGAGAACUCUUCCAAGAAAUGAAUAUAGAACUGAUCACUCCAUAUAUGAUUGCAUCAAAAGAAGCUGUUUGUGAAGGAUCUCCAGCAAGGUGGAAAAGAAGAGAGAAGUUGCCACAGGUUACAAGGUCUUGGCACAAUUACAUGUGUAACUGUGUUAUCCAGGAUUUUCAAGGCUCAGUACUUCAAGUAUCAGAUUCAACUUACGAUGAACAAGUAGCCGCACAGAUGCCAGCUGUUCAUUAUGAAUUCCCCAAUGACUACAACUGUGAUUUUGGAGCAGAACGGUUAAAGAUUCUUGAAGGGUUAUUUGACCCUUCCAACGUAAAGGGGUUAUCAGGAAAUACAAUGCUGGGCGUCAGUCAUGUUGUCACUACAAGUGUUGGAAUGUUCGAUAUUGAUAUCAGACCAGGUCUCUAUGGCAGCGUUAUAGUGGCAGGAGGAAACACGCUAAUACAGAGCUUUACUGACAGGUUGAAUAGAGAACCCUCUCAGAAAACACCCCCAAGUAUGCGGUUGAAACUGAUUGCAAAUAAUACAGCAGUGGAACAGAGGUUUAGUUCAUGGAUCGGUGGCUCCAUUCUAGCUUCUUUGGGCACCUUUCGGCGGAUGUGGAUUUCCAAACAAGAAUAUGAAGAAGGAGGGAAGCAGUGUGCAGAAAGGAAAUGCCCUUGA